AUGCAGUAUAAAGUGGAACCUCCGGAAACUAUGAACGCAAGCUUCAAUGUCUCCUUAGAAGAUCAAACUUUUGGCAUUCCUGACGAGUUUCGUUUUCUUUUGCUCGGAGUAUACUGCGUCACAUGUCUCGCCAUAUUGUUGGGAAACAGCAUGAUUUGUUAUACCACUCGUAAAAUACCUAGUUUUCGUACGGUCACCCAUUUUUUUAUCGUCAGUCUAGCUGUAACAGAUAUAAUUAUGACCGUGCUUUGUGUGCCAUUGUCUAUCCUAAGCAACCUGAUUUUCCAUUACUGGCCUUUCUGGGAUUUCCUGUGUCCCCUGAUUGGAUUUUUACAGCUCUCCAGUGUUCUGUUGAGAUCAUUUAUGCUCAUGGCAAUGACAUGUGACAUGUACCAUAUCACCUUAAAACCUUUGAAACCACGCUUACUGACAAAGUCUCGUGCAAAGUUACUGGUGGCCUUAAUUUGUGCAUUGUCUUCUUUGAUUUCGCUCCCCGUUUUUUUUUACUCUCACAUCGAAUACAUGCCUUAUGAGCCCGGAUCUCGUGGUCUAUGUAUGGAGAUAUGGCCGGAUGACCUUGUUCGAAGUAUUUACGGAAUUGGUAUCAUGAUGCUUCAGUAUUUUAUUCCACUCAUCAUGAUGUCAGUGUGUUAUAUUCACAUCGGCGUUAUCAUCUGGGCAAAGCAGACUCCUGGUGAGGCAAACACUCGCAGGGAUGAACGACAGGCGGUAUCAAAGAAGAAGACAAUUAAGAUGAUCGUGAUUGUUGUGUUAUCGUACCUGUUGCUAUGGUUACCGUUCCAUGUGAUCACUAUCAUUGGGGACCUGGACCAAUCCAUUUUCGAUUCUAACUUAGUCCAUAUCAUGUGGCUAAUUGCGCACUGGUUAGCAUUCAGCAAUUCAGGGGUCAACCCUAUGAUCGUUUUUUGGAUGAACUCAAAUGUUCGACAAAAUGUACAAUUCUGUCUUCAUGGAAGAUGUUGCUGCCCAGGAAAACAGAACACUCGCACGAUUUCGAGGGAUUCGUUUGCCUUAGCAUCAUACCGACGAAAUCAAGACUAUCCUAAAACAGGAGACAACCAACUAAACACUGCCAUGCCUGUGACAUCAAUGAAUGAGUAA